AUUGAUUUCUGAUGAGUCAUUAUCAAAACAGUAAAAUAGAAUAACUUUAACAUGAAGUGUUUUACCCUUCUCUUUUCAAGUGGAGUUAACUCUAGAAGUUUCUGACUCGCAUGCUGAGGUCAUAAUGUCAUUGAAUUUUAAAUCAUUCUCCAGGAAAAUAGUAGCAGAACAGUUUAUACUAUUUUAUCAAUUACCAGCUGAAUUCUUAGGUUGACCAAGUCAAAUGUUGAAAAUCAGGUGGGCAGGACGAAAUUAAUUCAUAUACUCAGAGUGUUUUAUGAAUGAAGGGAUUAUUAUAAACAUUCUUUGACAUUAAUCUCUUUUAGGAGUUUUCUCAUGGGUGGUUGGUUGCUGCUUCAGUUUCUUUUAUGUCUCUAACCAGAUGAAUAGAAAUUUCUUAAGUUUGAAGACUGAUUUCUUUACUUUUACAUGCACAGACAAAAGGUAGUUGAUCAGAACUUGUAUCCUACGGUGGGUGAGAGAUUUUGCACUGUUUAUUUUUCGCAAGUGAGGUUUGGUUUGAAAUGGCAGCCUUUUUAUUUCCCAGAUUGUUAAGUUUGGUGAAGAAAAAGUGAAAGAAGUGACAUUGAAGAAACCAGACAACAAUUUUUUAACUCAAAUCAGCAGGGAAAAAAAAAAGUUAGACAAUAUAUAAGCUCAAGUGGUAGUUGAACCUGUUAUUCCAUUGUCAAUGGACGAGAUGGAAGCCACUGGGAAGCUUGUUGCAGCUAGACAGCUCUUGAAAACUGGCCUUGAAAGGUCAAGAGAUGUUGCAUUUAAAUUGGCCAAUGCUGGACCAAGAUUGAGAGACAAGGCUCAAAGGCUCGCAAAUUUGGAAGCCAAGCUCGUUCAGAUUCAGAAAUGUAAUUCUUUUGCUGUUGGCGAUCAGAUAGAUCAUGCCAUUGGGCUUGCAACUGCGCUUCUUAAUGUUUUCAACACUGUUUCUGAACUUCAGAACUCACUCAUGGCCGAUUCUUGUUCUCAACUCUCCAAUUACCUCUCCAUCAUGAAACGAUUUGAAGAAGCACUUGAAUUUCUUGCUGAUAAUUGCUACCUUACAAUUCAAUGGUUGGAUGGAAUUGUUCGGUUUAUUGAAGACAACGCAAUUGUCAAUGAUCAACGUCUUCUCAAUGUCAAAAACUCAUUGGCAAUUCUUCGUGAGUUGCAGACAGUUGAGAACAAUGCUCGUAUUAAUGGAGGGCCUCUUGAUUUUGCAUUGAACAAGCUUGAAUUUGAGUUCAAGAGGUUAUUGAGAGACCAUAGCGUCUCUCUUCAUCUUGCUUCACCUGAAAACCAAGGCUUCAUUGGUUUCUCACUAUUGCAAGAAUCUGUAGUUCAAGAAUUACAGUCAAUUCUUACUAGACUGAAAGCCAACGAUCGAACUGAAAACUGCAUAUUGAUAUACGUCGAAGUUCGAAGUUCGAAUGCUGAACUGAGUUUAAGAAAUCUUGGUUUGGAUUAUCUUGAAACGUCAGUCGAUGACUUGAGCAACAUGCAGAGCAUUGAAGAUCAUAUCAACAGAUGGAGCAAGCAUCUUGAGCUUGCUGUGAAGCAUUUAUAUGAGCCUGAAUGUAAACUCUGCAAUGAUAUAUUUGAGAAGAUCGAAUCCGAAGUUGGGACCAGAUGUUUCGCUAAGAUUGCAUCACAAUCUGGAUUUAUCUCUCUCCUUCAAUUUGGGAGGAAAGUCACCCAAACAAAGAAGGAUCCCAUCAAGCUCUUAAACCUAUUAGACAUUUUCUUGGUUCUAGACAACCUAAGGAUAGACGUUAACAAGUUGUUUGGUGGGAAAGCUUGCACAGAGAUUCAAGCCAUAACAAGGGAUCUCGUAAAACGAGUUGUAAACGGCAUAUGCGAGGUUUUCUCGGAACUUCCAGUCCAAAUUGAGUUGCAAAGACAGAGUACUCCUCCAGUAGAUGGUGGCAUUCCAAGCUUGGUAAGCUUUGUCACUGAUUACUGCAACAAGCUACUUGGGAACCAUUACAAACCAAUCCUAAACCAGAUUUUAAUCAUCCAUCAAAGCUGGGAGCAAGAGACAUGUCAAGAGAAUCUUCUAGAGAACCAGAUUUAUCUAAUCAUAAAAGAACUUGCCUUAAAUCUAGAUACAUGGGCAAAAGCAUACCAAGAUAUGUCAAAGUCCUACUAUUUCAUGAUGAACAAUCACUGCCAUUUUAGCAAUCUAAAAGGUUCAAAACUAGGCGAAAUGAUGGGAGAUGAAUGGUUAAACGCACACAACCAAUACAAGGAAUAUUACGCAGCACUUUACCUUAAAGAAAGCUGGGGAGAGCUUCUCAGCCUUCUAAAUCAAAAGGGUGAGCUUCCAUUUGAAGGCGAGAAAUGGGAAGAUAAUGAUCUGUUGAAGAAAAGGGUAAAAAAGUUCUCUCAGGCAUUUGAACAAACAUGUAAAAGGCAAUCGAAAUGGGUAAUUUCAGAUGAGGGGUUGAGAGAGAGAAUUUGCAUGCUUUUAGUGCAGGCGAUUGUGCCAGUUUAUUUAAGAAAUUUUGAGGCUUUGAUCGAACAAGAUCAAGGCGCAGCAAAGUAUUUGAAAUAUACUGCAGAGAGUAUGGGGAGUAUGAUCAGCUCUUUGUUUCGCCCAAAGUCGAGUAUGCAAAUAAGCAGUGGUCAGACCCAUACUCGCUUCAUUACCAAAAUUAAGAGCCUUGUUACUAAUCAGUUUCGUGCGUCUGUCACUGCUAUAUGA